UCCUCUGCUUUCAAUUGCUUUCAAUGCUUUAUCAUCAACUUAAAAAAAACUGAUUGAUUAGUUGGAACAUUUUACCGUCGGUGUCGGUAAAGUUCUGCCAUGGUUUGUCAGUAAAAUAAUGCAACGAAUUUGUUGACAUUUAUAUGUAGUAACAGAACAAUCAGUAUACAUAUACUUGUAAAGCAUGCUGUGUUACAGUAACACCAGUUUAUCUUUCAAGAUUUAGACGAUCCGAAUUUCUUUCAUACUGUAAGCAGGAAUCUCCUAACCUAUUACCUAGUACCGUAGUAGUUUGAAACAACAGAAACGUGCACUGAGGAAGAGAAAUAUUCGUCAGAAUGACUUCCAUCGUCGCAAGAACACUUUCAGCCAAACUAUGGAGGGAUCGAAGUAUUCUACGACCAUUACUUACGUUCAGCCACAAUCAGAAAUUAUCCACGAAAAGCGAAGUGGAACCGGCGAUUGCAAAUGCAGCUAAUCUAGAAGACAUAGACCCACUGUCUCACCCAGACUACUUUCACGUUUAUGACAUGUUCACUGUGAAAGAUCUGUUCGAUGCCAGAGUACAUUUCGGUCACAAGGAAGGCUCGAUGCACAUUAACAUGACACCCUUCAUAUUUGGAUCCAGACUGGGUCACUUGAUAUUUGAUUUAGACCAAACUGCCGAGUUCUUACGACAGGCUUUAAAUUUCACUGCUCACAUAGCUUCUAGAGGUGGAAUAAUAUUGUUCGUAGCAAAGAAUCCACAGACUUCGUAUCUCGUGGAAACUACCGCGAAAGAUUGCCAAGAAUACGCGCAUACCAGACAUUGGAAGCCAGGUACGUUGGCAAACGCUACUCAGCACUAUGGUGCAGUUACCAGGCUACCAGACUUGUGCAUAUUUAUCAAUACCAUGGAAUCCGUGGUUCGACAACACGUGGGCGUGACACACGCGGCUAAGAUGUCGAUCCCGACCGUUGGCAUCGUAGACACGAACUGCAACCCGAAUCUUAUAACGUAUCCUGUACCUGGGAACGACGACACGCCUUGUGCCGUAGAACUUUAUUGUAAACUAUUCAAGGAAGCGAUAAUGAGAGGAAAGAACUACAGGAAUCAACAGCUUGCGAAAGAAAACGCCUAAUGCAAUUUGUAGUAGAGUAUCAUCAAGUGAAACAAGAGAACAUUCAUUUUAUUAACUUGGAUACCGUGCAUGAUAAAAUUAGAAACUUAUUACGAAUGGCGUGACACGAACUGUUUCAUGGGAAUCUCGACGCAUUCAUCGCUCGUCUUUGAGGGUCUCUUUAUCGUCUCGCAAACGUUGAAGAAAUCUUGAUCCCACUCGCCGGAGAAGCCUGAAACACACGAUCGUUUAGUAAAAUACGUUUAAACAGACAUACUUCGACGUACCAGCUACCAAUGUUUGGAUAAUAAAUUCUUGUGUACACGAA